AUGGCGUCAACGGCGCAAGCGUUUGCGAGAAUAGAUGCGGGCUCAAUCGCAGCCAUCUUCGAGGGUGGGAAAGAUGCGAAAGAGCAUCCUCUCGUACAAUGCGUCCAGAUCAAGCCCAUCGCGAACGGUGACACUGAGCGAUAUCGGGUCAUAUUCAGCGACACCAAGAACUACAUUCAGACCAUGCUCGCCACUGCUGCGAACCACCACAUCACCGGCGGCAGCAUGAAGGUCAACUGCUUUGUCAAACUGAUGGGAUACCAAGCCAACAACGUCAAGGGCAAGAAAAUCCUGAUCGUUACCGACCUCCAAGUCAUCCCCGAACUAGGCAUCAUGGAGAAGCUGGGCAACCCAGCGCCCCUCGAGAUCAAGAAUGAAGAAGAGAGCAAGCCUACAGCCGUCACAAGCAACGGCUUCUACGGCCAGCAGCAACAGCCACAGCAAUCAAGAUCACUUCCAUCACACAACAAGCCACCUUCCUCCUCCGCCCACGCCAACAUCUACCCCAUUGAAGCCCUCUCACCCUACUCACACAAAUGGACAAUCAAAGCACGAUGUACCAACAAAUCCGACAUCAAGACCUGGCACAACAUGAAAGGUGAAGGCAAACUCUUCAGCGUCAACCUCCUCGACGAGAGCGGCGAAAUCCGCGCCACCGGCUUCAAUGAACAAGUCGACUCCCUUUAUGAGCUCUUCCAAGAAGGCCAAGUCUACUACAUCUCCUCCCCCUGUCGCGUCCAGAUCGCAAAGAAACAAUUCUCCAACCUGCAAAACGACUACGAACUCGCCUUCGAGCGCGACACCCAGGUCGAAAAAGCCGAAGAAGCCACCGACGUGCCUCAAGUCAAGUACAACUUCACCCAGAUCUCCGAUUUGCAAUCCGUCGAGAAGGAUGCCACCAUAGACCUGAUUGGCGUCCUCCGCGAGGUCGGCGAGACCAACCAGAUCACGUCCAAAACGACUUCCAAACCCUACGACAAGCGUGACCUCACCCUCGUCGACAACACCGGCUACUCCAUCCGGCUGACCAUCUGGGGCAAAACCGCCUCCACCUUCGACCUCAACCCGGAUUCGGUCGUGGCAUUCAAGGGUGUCAAGGUAUCCGACUUUGGUGGCCGCUCCCUGUCUCUGCUUAGCUCUGGCUCCAUGACCGCGAGCCCCGACAUCGCCGAAGCACACAAGCUCAAGGGCUGGUACGAUAGCCAAGGCCACAACGAAUCAUUCGCCACCCACGCCAACGUCACUUCGACUGUCGCAGGCGGCACCGGUGGCAGUCGGGACCCCUUCAAGACCAUCGCCCAAACCAAAGACGAAGGUCUAGGGAUGGACUCCGAAAAGGCAGACUUCUUCUCCCUCAAAGCCUCCAUCCAGUACAUCAAGCAGGACAACUUCUGCUACCCAGCCUGCUUGUCAGAAGGCUGCAACAAGAAAGUCUUGGAGAUCGAGCCCGGACAGUGGCGGUGUGAGCGUUGUGACAAAAAUCACCCGAAGCCGCAAUAUCGGUAUAUCAUGAGCGUGAACGUGAGUGAUCACACGGGACAGUUGUGGCUAAGUUGUUUCGAUGAGACGGGACGAGUAAUCAUGGGUAUCAGUGCGGAUGAACUGAUGGAGAUCAAGGAGGUCGAUGAGAAGAAGUUCAGCGACUACUUUUCGGAGGCGAAUUGUAGAGUGUGGAACUGGAAGUGUAAGGCUAAGAUGGACAGCUUUCAGGAGCAGCAGAGAGUGCGCUAUCAAGUGUCGAGUGCCAGCGCACUGAACUACGUUAUGGAAAGCCAGAAGUUGGCCGAGUUGAUCAAGCAGUACAAUUUGGGAGAUUGA